GUGCGCCUGCCAAGGCACCCCUCCAUCCGUGGUCAUGGCCCACAACGCCGUGGCAACGUGUUCACAUAGACUUUGCUGGACCUUUUCUUCAGUCUAUGUUCCUUGUUGUGGUAGAUGCCCACUCCAAGUGGCCAGAAGUAUUCAUGAUGCGCUCAACCACGACGGAGAGCACGAUUAACACUUUGAGAGAACUUUUUUCUCGUUUUGGCAACCCUGAAACUAUCGUGUCAGACAAUGGUCCUCAGUUCACGUCACGGGAGUUUAAACAGUUCACACAGGAAAUUGGCUCUCGUCACGUCCUGACAGCUCCCUACCAUCCAAGUUCAAAUGGUUUAGCCGAACGCUUUGUACAGACCCUCAAGAACGCCCUCCGUAAAAACAAGGAGAGUGCGCCUUUACAUGUGAAGUUGCAGACGUUUCUGCAGAGCUACCGCAACACGGCUCACGCCACAACGAACGAGUCACCCGCCAAUUUGUUUUUGGGGCGACGUUUGCGCAGUCGCCUAGACGUUGUAAAGCCUUCUGUGGGGGAAAGGGUAGCCCGCAAACAGUUCAUGCAGACUGCAAGCCGGCGUGGGCACGAUCGUGACUUUGCCGUUGGUGAUCAUGUGCUCAUCCGUAACUACUGUGGCAAACCCAAGUGGGUGCCUGGAGUGAUUCUUGCGCAGCAUGGCCCUGUUUCCUACCAAGUACGCGCCACCACCUCCAGAGGCAGCUUCACCUGGCGUCGGCACAAGGACCAGCUGCUAAGAACUCCAAGCCUUGCCGACGAGGACGCUGACCAGGAAGGCACAGAGUUCUUGUUGGUUCAACCGAGCGACAACGCACCCCAACCAUCGUCCUCGUCACCUACUGGCGGAACUGUCCCAGCCGAAGCAGCACAAGCGCCUGCUGCCCGACGGUAUCCGGCAAGAACCCGGAAACCUCCCGAAAGAUUUCAAGCCGGAUCUUAACCUUUUUGAGCGUGUUCAAAUAAAGAGGGAGGAAAUGUCAUG